ACUUCCGCUUGGGGCGGCGGCGGUGGCGGAAGUGGGAGCGGAGCCCGAGUCUUGGCCAUAAAGCCCGAGGCGGCGGCGGUGGCGGCGCUGGAAGCUUGGACAGGCUGAGGAUCUCGCUGCAAUCGGAACUUGGACUUUCUUCCGCCCUCAUCUUCCCUGCGUCUCCUCCCCGGCAGACCCCUACCGACACGCCUGGCCCGGAGCCCAGCGGAGCGGCCGCGGAACACAUCUGCCUUCUUCAGAUUUGGGAAUUCAGUAUAAGGGCCAAGGAGAACAAAUUACUGAUCUCAGCUUGCACAACUGUUUGAAGGAUGACCUCUAGGAAGAAAGUGUUGCUGAAGGUUAUCAUCCUGGGAGAUUCUGGAGUUGGUAAGACUUCACUCAUGAACCAGUAUGUGAACAAGAAGUUCAGUAAUCAGUACAAAGCGACAAUAGGAGCAGACUUCCUGACGAAGGAGGUGAUGGUGGACGACAGACUAGUCACAAUGCAGAUCUGGGACACAGCCGGACAGGAACGGUUCCAGUCUCUUGGCGUGGCCUUCUACAGAGGCGCAGACUGCUGCGUUCUGGUGUUUGAUGUGACUGCCCCCAACACAUUCAAAACCCUGGAUAGCUGGAGAGAUGAGUUUCUCAUCCAGGCCAGUCCCCGGGAUCCCGAAAACUUCCCCUUUGUUGUGUUGGGAAACAAGAUCGACCUCGAAAACAGACAGGUGGCCACGAAGCGGGCGCAGGCCUGGUGCUACAGCAAAAACAACAUUCCUUACUUUGAGACCAGCGCCAAGGAGGCCAUCAAUGUGGAGCAGGCCUUCCAGACGAUCGCUCGGAAUGCGCUGAAGCAGGAGACGGAGGUGGAGCUCUACAAUGAAUUCCCUGAACCCAUCAAACUGGACAAGAACGACCGGGCCAAGCCCCCGGCGGAAAGCUGCAGUUGCUGAAGCGACAGUGAGCAGAGCACAGAGUCCUUCACGAUCCAAGAACACACUUAGGCCUUCCACCACACGCCCUCCUUCCCCAGACUCAUCUCUCCUUUCCAGCUGCCAAGAGAAACCCCACCCUACUACACCCUCAACCUGCACACACACACACACACACACACACAUACACAUACAUACCUGACACAGACUCCACGGCACAGGCCCGAGGCGGCUCCAUCAGCGUCCCCACAGCAGCCCUCUUGUGGCAGCAGGAUGGGCCAGGUGUAGAAACCCCUCCGGUGUGGAGUCGGCAUCAGAAGCUUCCUUUUUGUCCACUGGAGAGAGAGAACUGUUUACAGUUAAUCUGUGUCUAAUUAGUUACCUGAUUUUUUUAACCGUCUUGUGGUCUUUUUACCCCCACCCGUCCCCUCCUGUGAAGGCUCCACUUGGGAAGGCUGGUGCCCCAUGCUCAUUACAGGCUCACACCCAGUCUGUCAGGCUGAGUUUUGUAUGUAUCUGUUAAUGCUUGUUACUUUUAACUAAUCAGAUCUUUUUACAGUAUCCAUUUAUUAUGUAAUGCUUCUUAGAAAAGAACCUUAUAGUACAUGUUAAUAUAUGCAACCAAUUAAAAUGUAUAAAUUAGUGUAAGAAAUUCUUGGAUUAUGUGUUUAAGUCCUGUAAUGCAGGUGUAAAGAUGGAGGGUUGAGCCCUGUCUGGAUUACAGAGUGUUUAGCAACUCCGAAUUCAGAAAUCCAGCUGGAGGCAGUAUUCUGUACAGUAGACAUGAGAAUUAUGUACGCCUUUUAUCAAAGACUUAAGAGCCAAAAAGCUUUUCAUCUCUCCAGGGGGAAAACUGUCCAGUUCCUUCUGUAUCUAAAUUUUCCACAAGGUUGAUUUGCAUAAUACAGUGUGUGUGCAAUGGAGAAAUGACUGUUGUUUGUUUUGGAACUUAAAACUCCUGUUUUUCCUUUUUCCCCACCCUGCUCCACGCUUUGAAACUCCCCUAUUAGAUCAGUGUCCCACCUACAAGCGGGAAAGGAAAGUCCUAACAGAUCUGUCCUGGUGAUCUUACCUUUGUUCUAGAAGGCGCUCCUUUCAGGGUUGUGGUCCUUAGGUUAGCAAACCCUUCUUUUCCCCACCGCCUCCCAGUAUUGCCCGCCAGGAUUACCCUGUUUCUUUGGUGUGGAGCCGGGCAGUUCUGGCCUCCCUGGGAUCCGCCCCUGCGUUGUAGCUUGCUUAACGGAGCACGUCCCUUCUCCAUGGGCCUGCAUUCAAGGGUGUGGGCCAGGUUCUUCUGUAAAGAGAUGAACGUGAUGCCAAUAAAAUGUAACAAGAACAA